CAGUCUAGAUUAGCCCAUUUCACCAAACGGGCCCUUAUCAGUUACAGAGGCCAGAGCUUCUUCUUCCUUUUUCUACCUUAUAGUGUCUGAGGUGGGUCGGCUCUUCUCAGAACUCGGUACAAUUUCAUGACGACCAUGGGUAGCUUAACAACGAGCUUAACAGCUCGAAUACUUGCUCGUCCCAAUCAAUGCCCAACAAGACAGCACUUUUGCUUACAAUUCAGAAGAAGUUGCGUGUUUCUUAGACCCUUGCGUACUCGCAGAAAUUCAAGAAUCGUUUGCAUGGCGGAGCCUUAUCUGAUAACGAAGCUGGAAUCCGCAGAGAAGACUUGGAAAGAACUAUCGGUGAAGCUGGCUGAUCCGGAUGUUGUCUCAAAUCCAAGCGAAUACCAAAAGCUGGCACAAUCCGUGGCAGAGCUUGAUGAAGUUGUAUCAACUUAUAGGAGAUACAAGGAUUGUGAGAAGCAGUUAGAAGAAACUAAAGCUUUAGCCAAAGAGGAAGGAAAUGAUGAAGAUAUGGCUGAGAUGAUAGCAUAUGAAAUUGACUCUUUGUCCAGUGAAAUUAAAGAGCUCGAGGAGAAGUUUAAGGUACUACUGCUGCCUAGUGAUCCUCUUGAUGCAAGAAAUAUAAUGCUUGAAGUAAGGGCAGGAACUGGUGGUGACGAGGCUGGAAUGUGGGCUGGUGAUCUUGUCCGUAUGUAUCAGAAAUACAGCGAGCAAAACUCUUGGAAGUACUCGUUAGUUUCAAGUUCUGAGGCUGAAAAAGGUGGAUACAAAACCUAUGUGAUGGAGAUAAAAGGGAGUCGUGUUUACAGCAAAUUAAAAUAUGAGUCUGGUGUACAUCGAGUUCAGCGUGUUCCUCAAACUGAAACUCAGGGACGUGUGCAUACUUCUACUGCAACAGUAGCCAUCAUGCCUGAGGCAGAUGAAGUUGAAGUGGUAAUUGAUCCUAAGGAUAUUGAACUUACAACAGCAAGGUCUGGAGGUGCUGGAGGGCAGAAUGUCAACAAGGUGGAAACAGCUGUUGAUCUUUUCCACAAACCAACUGGAAUUCGCAUUUUUUGUACUGAAGAAAGGACACAACUUCAGAAUAAAGCCCGUGCUCUUCAGCUUCUGCGAGCAAAACUGUAUGAGAUAAAAGUAAGGGAGCAGCAAGAGUCAAUAAGGAACCAACGAAAAUCACAGGUUGGCACGGGUGCUCGUGCAGAAAAGAUUCGAACAUAUAAUUACAAGGACAAUAGAGUGACGGACCAUCGGUUAAAGGUGAACUUUGAGCUUACAUCUUUUCUUGAGGGAAAUAUAGAAAAUGCAGUGCAGGCAUGUGCUGCCAUGGAGCAGAAGGAACUCCUGGAAGAACUUGCAGGGUCUGUUGGUGCUCCCGCAGGCUAAUUAAUUUGCAACAUUUCGUCACUUGUUACGCAAACUCUCGGAGCUGUUGAACUGGGGAAAACACCGUGGAGGAGGAAUUGCUGCUAAGCAAAUUGCUGGCGAUAUGUGAUGUUUUGUGGGAUAUAAUUUUCUCCCAGUAACGUUCUUAAGACGUCUAUUGACAGCAAACUGAUUUGUAUUUAAGCCGACGCAAUCAAAACCCUGUAUGCAUUUGAUAUCUUACUUCCCUCUUAAAUUGUAAAGUGUGAUUCCAUUCGAAAUCAGAGAUGUGAUAAUGUAAAUUACCUUUUUAAUUAUCACUGCACUUUCAUGAUAAA